UAGAAUCCUGAAAUAAUAAAAUGGAGAAAUGGAAAGGUUUACUUUGAGAGUAAAGUUAAGAAUCUAUACCAAGCCCUCGUAGACUUCUUUUUUCUUUCAUCCCUAAGUAAAGGUCAAGAAUCUUCUCCUUUCCAAGAUUUUAACAAUUAAGGCUAAGAAUCUUUUGAUCAUUUUCUUGAGAGGUUUUAUGGCAUACCUCAAGAGCAAGAAUUGGAUUAUCAUCCAAAGGGUUCAUCUUUUUGCUUGCACUUUUCAUAGGUUACAAAAGACUGGAACAUACCCUCUCCUUUUUUACAAAUGGAAUGCUCUUUCCUUGAUAGUUUAUCCUCCAUCAGACUAAUGGGUUUCUCUACUUUCUUUCUUUGGCUUCUUCUCAUUUUCUCUGUCAUCUUUUCUAACAUUUUGACAGCGCAUGCAUUCACAGGAACAUAUGGGGUAAACUAUGGCAGAAUAGCAGAUAAUUUACCAGCACCAAGUAGUGUGGUGACCCUUCUGAAAGCUGCAAAGAUUAAAAACGUUAGAAUCUAUGACGCAGAUCAUGAAGUCCUCAAGGCUUUCAAAGGUUCUGGCAUUGAAAUAAUAGUUGGACUUGGCAAUGAGUAUCUGAAAGAAAUGAGUAUAGGGGAGGACCGUACCAUGAAUUGGAUCAAAGAAAAUGUGGAGCCAUUCCUUCCUGGAACUAAAAUUGUUGGAAUUGCUGUGGGAAAUGAGAUCUUGGGUGGUGAUGAUCAUGAGCUGUGGGAAGUUUUGCUGCCUUCAGCGAAGAAUGUUUAUUCUUCCCUUGGAAGGUUGGGUUUGGAAAAAACUAUUGAGGUCUCUAGCCCACAUUCAGAAGCUGUUUUUGCCAGUUCCUAUCCACCGUCUGCAUGUGUCUUCAAGGAAGACGUUCUUAUAUACAUGAAGCCACUAUUGCAAUUCUUCUCACAGAUUGAUUCUCCUUUUUACAUAAAUGCAUAUCCUUUUCUAGCCUACAAGAGUGAUCCUGAGCAUAUUGACAUGAACUAUGCUAUUUUCAAAUCAAAUCCUGGAAUUCUAGAUGAAAAGACUAAUCUACAUUAUGAUAACAUGUUUGACGCUAUGGUUGAUGCAGCUUAUGCUGCACUCGAAAAGGCUGGCUUUCCCAAGAUGGAAGUCAUAGUUUCAGAAACUGGUUGGGCUUCUCAUGGAGAUGCAAAUGAAGCAGGUGCCAAUUUGCAGAAUGCCAAGACAUACAAUCAUAAUUUGAGGAAAAAGCUAACUAAAAAGAAGGGAACCCCCUAUAAGCCUAAGACUCCUGUGAGAGCUUACAUUUUCGCCUUGUUCAAUGAGAAUUUGAAACCCGGGCCAACUUCAGAGAGAAACUUUGGAUUGUUCAAACCUGAUGGGAGCAUAGCAUAUGAUAUUGGCUUCACUGGACUUAAAGAAUCAUCUGGAGUCUCAUCUCUUCUUCGUUUCAAGGGUAUUGGAGCUUACAGUUGGCUUGCAUCAUCAUAUUCAUUAGUUCUUGCAACCUGCACAGCAAUUCUGCUAUUAAUUUCAGCUUCAUGAUUGGUCAAAAGGGUAACACCUUAGCAGCUCAAGGGAACACUUUGAAUUUGGCUAUUGUAGCUUGUAAUAUAUAUCAAUUUGUAAUGAAUUCAUUUGUUAUUAAUUGUACAGAACACUUGCUGCUUUCGAAUCAAUUGUUAAUGGGAAAUGGCUAAUUUUUUUU